AUGCUCGACCGAACACUUAUCCGUACUGCUCUCUCUGGCCCGGCCAAGCAGGCGAUAGCCGCUGCUUUAUGGGAUACCCCACGUUCAGAAGUCGAGUCUGGUCUCAAUUUCUAUUUCACGUACUACAUCAGACAGUGUGAACUGAUUGCGCUUCACGAGGGCGGGAGCCGUACGCCUCUAGCAACCCAUGCAGACAUCAUGAGGAUCGUUCAGCUAUUGAGAACUUCCCGCACACGCGAAGAGAUACACCAGCAGCUGUUACUAUCCUGCAGUCUUCCUGAUAGCGAUGCCUGCUGUAGCCACUCCAUUGAUCUUGCAGCACGCAUAUUGCUCAUGGUCGAAUUUGGCAACCUUCCUUUUGCCUAUUCGGGGUCUAGACAAAUAGAGUGGGCAAAAGGCAGUCUGAAGCAUUGGGUCACAGAGCGGUUCGAAAGCAAGCCGGUCCUUGGGCAUAGUAAAGUGAAGCUUGAGAAGAUAUUCAACGCCAACAAUCUGGGCAAGAUAGCGGGCAUAGAAGUCGUCUGGACAAACAACCUCGCUGACCAUCUCCGCCUUCUGAAAGACGAUCAGGCAGUGGCAGUAUUUCAUCACGCUUCCUUCUUGAAGCGUCAACAAAGCGACACAACGCUCUUUUCACAAGAGUUCAUCGAAGAGACCCUGAAUACCAUGGCUCUACUAUUUCCCAAGUGGGAUGGGGACACACGAGCUUGGUAUCAAACACAGGCAUCCUUGCGCGGCCUCGAUACUCGGCUGAUCGAGAUUGGGCAACUAGAUGCAGAUGAACGGCAAAUUGAGAAUUUCACUUAUUGGCAUGAUCGUUUGGUUAUAUUGAAACAAGUGUUUGAUGAGUCUCGGCCACGUACUCUUCGGCAAUGGUGGCACGAUCGAAGGAAUGGGGUUCAGUGGUAUACGUUUUGGGUCGCAAUUCUUGUUUUUGUUUUAACAGUACUCUUCGGACUGGUACAGUCUAUUGAGGGGGCUUUGCAAGUUUAUAAGGCUUUCAACCCGUAA